AUGUUUCAAAUUCCAUCCUGGAAAAUGUCCAAGCUAUUCUCCUGGGGCGAAAACAAGCCCAUUGACCUACCGACUGUCAAAGUGUAUGACUUGGAGAAUUCCGAGGAGAAAAACACGAGAGCACUGAAACACCUCUUGAAGCUCAACCAUGCGAAUCAUGCCAUUCUAUGGAAUGAACGAAAGUUCCACAACCAUGCCCCUCAUCUUCUCAGUGCGGCAUACCUGCAAGGUGCCGAUGCGGAUGAUUUAGCCCGACUGUAUGAGUCCGAGUCGAAAGAGCUCGAGGAGUGGGAUGAUUCACCGGCCGAGGUCACUGAGGAUGAUUGGAGGGAGUUUCUUGGACGGAGAGAGUAUCAAAAGGCCUUUGUGGACUUUUUUGAAGAUGAAAUGGUGCGGUUGGGGUAUGAUUGGCAACAGGUGGUGGGGGAGUAUUUGUUCUCGGGGGAGGAACCGAUGUUUAAUUCUAUCAUGGCGGACCUCGGUCAUCCAUUGAUUCACCUGGCCUACGCCUAUGAAAUGUCCAGUCGCGAAGUCGGCAUGGAAUCACUCGGCUUGGCCGCCACCUGUUACAACAAAAUGCAUCGCUAUCUGGACGACCCCGUCAUGUCCCAGGUGGAGGCGCCCUACCACACCACAUCCCUAUUUGAGAUUAUCGACCGAAUCCGCACCGACAAGAAGCUCGACGGCCUCUUUGUCACCCCGGGUGAUCACAACGUUGAAUAUCUCUUUGACCAUCACGAGGCCAUUCUUCUCGACCACUGGAAUGCCUGGCAAAUUACCAACCCGAUGGAACAAUUCCGGGAAAGCCAACAGCUCGCCGCGGCUCUGCUCGUCGCCACUCACCCCGACUCGAGUGAGAAGUAUGAUUUCUUCCUCGUCCACGUGCUGACCACCAGCCAUGCCGUCCGGGUCCUUUUACCCCUGAUUCCGGCCAAAUUCCAGAUCCCCCUGGUCCGGCAGUGGUGGCUCAUCACCCUGGCCAUCUACAUUGCGCAGUUACGGCCGACAAUCUCCAUGGAUGUCCUACGAGACUACGAUGUCCGAGGCCGAGACUGGACCUGGACGGCGGAGCAAGCGGUUCGGGGCCCACACUCGAGCGACUCGCAUUAUGUCAAGGCCUUGCGAUCGCUGCGAGAAUGUGCGAUGACCUGGGGUGAUUCGGAUGAGGUGUUUUUGAAAGCGGCGGUCAAGUUUGGCGAGGAGUUUACUGAAUGGGGUGGAUUUGUGUGA